AAUCCGCACUUGUGGCAGCAGCUACCAGCCGCGAGCCCACUGGAGCCGGUCACCAUCCUUACCACUACGUGCUGCCCUGAGCCCGCAACCAUGUGCCGCACCCUGGCCACCUUCCCCACCACCUGCCUGGAGAGAGCCAAAGUGUUCAAGACACGUCUUGGGAUCUUUCUUCACAAGUCAGACCUGGGCUCUGAUACUGGCGGUGUUGGCAAGUUUGAGUGGGGCAGUAAACCCAACAAAGAAGGCAGGUGCAUCGCGGAAGACGUGCUGAGGUGGAGAGAGUCCUUCGACUCCUUGCUGAGCAGCAGAAAUGGAGUGUCCGCCUUCCACGCCUUCCUGAAGACGGAGUUCAGUGAGGAGAACCUGGAGUUCUGGCUGGCCUGUGAGGAGUUCAAGAAGAUCCGAUCGGCUGCCAAACUGGCCUCCAGGGCUCACUGCAUCUUUGAUGAGUUCAUUCGCAGCGAAGCCCCUAAAGAGGUGAACAUAGACCAUGAGACUCGGGAGCUGACAAAGACGAACCUGCAGGUGGCCACAGCCAUGUGCUUUGACGUGGCACAGGGAAAGACGCGCACCCUCAUGGAGAAGGACUCCUACCCGCGCUUCCUGAAGUCGCCUGCCUACCGGGACCUGGCUGCCCAAGCCUCUGCCACCUCUGCCUCUGCGUCCAGCUGCAGCCCGGCUGAGCCCUCACACACCUGAACCUCCAGGGCAGUGGGGAAGCCAGCGGGAGGAGAGGUGGAGUCACCCAUCCCUGAGGCGGCUGCCCCUGUUGGGGAGGCAGGUUCAGCCCAGCAAGUGCGAGAGGACAGUGCAGGGGGAGCGGCCCAGCAGCCUGCUGGACCACCCGCUCCUCCAGAUACUGUGGGCUGGGUGCCAUGUGUGAGAACAACCCCACGUCCAGGACCUGUGGCCAAGGGCUCUUUGGGGACAACCAUGGGGCUACAGCAGUUAGCCCUGGCUCUCACCCAACCUUCGCACUGGGGCAAUGACAGAUUCCAGGGAAACUUGAAAAGGAAAGAGAGGAGGAAGAACUUUGCCUGUGGAUCAGUUGACUUUGCUCACAUCUUGCUUUCCUAGUUCCCUGACUGGGCUCAGAAGGGGCCCAGUCGUGGAAUCUCCUGUUCUGCCCUGUUCACCUGUCCCCGUCCCUGGUUACCCCAGGGCACCUUGGCUUCUGCUUUUCAGUGCCCACCCCAUGCCCCUCCUUGCAGUCUUUUCAAAGUCAACAAGUCCAUGUGAUUCUUGCCCAGAAUGACAUUUGUAUACCUCAAGGACUGACUGACCCGUGAACCCUGAAAAGCUGCCACCUUGCGUGUGUAAAUGCAGCCUGGUGCUCCUGGUGGCCUCAUGCAGGUGGCCCGCCCUGUGUGUGCAGCAGUUCCACCCAUGAAUGGACUGUUGAGCCCUGUGUGCCCUUGGAAGUGGGGCUCAGGGGGAGUGAGGUGGACACCUCAGGGGCAGCAGGGAAUGAGGGGGAAGGGAUCAUAAGAAACAAAUCUCUUGGCAGGACCUCCAAAAGUCCCACAGAAAACAAACCAGCAUUUUCUGCAGGCACGGGAAGGGGUAAAGAGGUGCCCCAGGCUGAAAGGGGAGUCUCGAGUUUCUUUGCUAUGGAUGUGAGAUGCACCCUGGAGCACUGGGAGGGAUGGGGCGGGGACCACGAAUGGCCCAGGACACAAUGUAGAGGCUGGGAUGGAAGCUGGGGAGCGUGGCUGUUGGGAAGGGCCAGGCUACGAGAGCCAGAACCAGCUGCCACCUCAGGCUGCACCAGAUGAACAUUCCAAGGUGAGACUCCCUGCUCCAGAGCUGGGACAGGGAGACGAAUUCACCUGGGCAGCCCCCUCUUGCCCCGGGAGAGCCAACACUGCCCUCUGUGCACUUGAACUCCUCUAGGGGAAAACUAUUUAAGUAUAAUGUGUUGGCGGUAUGCCGAGAGUCAUGUAUUACUUUUGUUACCAUUGUUGAUUGUAAUUAUGUAUGUUUGGUGACCCUUAUUGUCCUUGUUAUUUAUUACUAUGUUCCAGUUUCUCCCCUGGAGAAUUUCAGCAGGAGUUGCUGCCUGACUUUCCCCCCCACCCACCAGACUCUACCUCUGAGCGUGCUGGGAGCCACUUAGGGCCUGUCAGGAAGGCAUCACUGUUUAAAUAUUUAUUUAUUGUUGACCAAGGGAACUGGGUUCCUUGGUGUGGGUGAUGUGUGCAGUCUCUGUCAGCAUGUUAUAUUCUUAUAAAAUAAAAGCAAAACUCAAAUGAAG